AAAAAAAAUAGUUUUGUCUUGUGUGUGUUUCCAUUUGGUUUUUAGGAAUGAGUGAAACGCGUGAACAAAUUUUGGAAGAAAUUAAAUUACAAGGUGAUUUGGUACGAAAAUUUAAAGCGGCCAAGGAACCCAAAGAAAAGGUCUAAAGCCACAAAAACAAACAAAAAAUUACCACAGCAUAAAUUGUAAUAUAGAGAGUAAUAUUAAUUGAAAAAAGUAAUUAAACAGAAAAAUAAACUCAUUAAAAGUAUUAUACACAAAAUGUUAAGUUCUUUUAUAAAAACUACCUCGCGUUUCAACAAACAUAAUUUAUUAAAAUUACAAAUAAACUGUCGUUCGUUGUCAUCCAAAGUUGAUUUGAAAUCUCUGAACAAUAAUAAUACAAAUAAUAAUAAUGAUAAUGAUACUGAUGAUGGAGUUGGUAAUGGUGUUAGUGGUACCAUAAAACAUCGGCAACUGGAAUUGGACAAGAUCGAUGAAGAAGUAGCACGUUUGUUGGCCCUUAAGGCCAAAUUGGGUGAUGAGCCCCAACAAAAUCAAAAGUUCACUUUGAAGACGCCCAAGGGUACUCGUGACUAUGCUCCACAACAGAUGAUGUUGCGUCAAAAUGUCUUGGACAAAAUCACAGCUGUAUUUAAGAAACAUGGUGGUGAAGCCAUUGAUACACCAGUAUUCGAAUUGAAGGAAGUAUUAACUGGCAAAUAUGGUGAGGAUUCCAAGUUGAUUUAUGAUCUCAAAGAUCAAGGUGGUGAAAUUUUGUCACUACGUUAUGAUCUAACAGUUCCUUUGGCCAGAUAUUUAGCCAUGAAUAAGAUAUCGAGCAUUAAGCGUUAUCACAUUGCCAAGGUUUAUCGUCGUGAUAAUCCUGCCAUGACACGCGGUCGUUACAGGGAGUUUUAUCAAUGUGAUUUCGAUAUCGCCGGUUCUUUCGAUCCCAUGUUACCCGAUGCUGAAUGUGUUAAAAUUGUCGCCGAGAUCUUGGACACUUUAGAUAUUGGAGAUUAUGUGAUUAAGCUAAAUCAUCGACAAUUAUUGGAUGGCAUGUUUGAAGCCUGUGGUGUGCCAGCCGAUAAAUUCCGUUCCAUUUGUUCUGCCGUUGAUAAAUUGGAUAAAUCUCCCUGGUCUGAGGUGCGUCGUGAAAUGAUUGGCGAAAAAGGUUUGGAUGAGUCGGCUGCCGAUCAAAUUGGCGAAUAUGUUCAAUUGAGUGGUGGUACUGAGUUGGUUGAAAAACUUUUAGCUGAUCCCAAAUUGAAAGCUGUUAGUGCUGCCGUUAAAGGUUUAGAAGGCAUGCAACUUUUACUUAAGUACUGCAACGCUAUGGGUCUUUCGCAUAAAAUUAGUUUUGAUCUAAGUUUAGCCCGUGGUUUGGACUACUACACAGGUGUUAUUUACGAAUGUGUACUUAAGGCUGAGCCAAAAAUUCUAGCCAAUGGUGCUGCCGAAGAACAAGGUACCGUGGGUUCUGUAGCUGGUGGUGGUCGUUAUGACAACUUGGUUGGUAUGUUUGAUACCAAAGGAAAACAAGUACCAUGUGUGGGUGUUUCCAUAGGUGUGGAACGUAUAUUCUCUGUGCUAGAAGCCAAAGCAGCAGCUGCCGGCAUUAAGCAACGCACCAACGAUAUCGAGGUAUAUGUAGCCUCGGCUCACAAGGGUUUGCACGAGAAACGUUUAAGCAUUUUAAAUGAUUUGUGGAAUCAAGGUGUUAAGGCUGAACAUUCUUAUAAAUUGAAUCCCAAACUUUUGGCUCAACUACAACAUUGCGAGGAGCAGCAAAUUCCUUUGGCCGUUGUAUUCGGUGAUUCUGAGCUGGCCAAGGGCAUUGUUAAGCUACGUGAAGUUACCAGCCGCAAAGAAGAAGACAUUCCCUUGACCAAUUUGGCCGAUGAAAUCAAAAAGAGAUUACGAAACUAAAUUCUGCAAAUGACUCAUUAUGAUGACUUCACACUUACACAAAUUUUCAAUAGUUUUCAUUUUAUUUAUUUUGUUUUUAAUGUAUUUAUUGUGGCACCGCUUAGAAAACAUGACUGGCUGAUGGGAUCAUAUUGUAGCGCCUUGAAGAAACUAUGAUUGCUUUACCAAACCCGAGAAUCAAUAUUAAAAAUAAUGUGAAAUAAAUUUAUAAUUAAAAAAUA